AUGAUGGAUUCAGUUGCUAAUUAUGGCAAGGGAUUGAAACUCCCUACUUAUCAUGAAACAAGGUUGACUUUCUUGAAAAAAGAGGUAGAAAAUAUGCACUUCACAUUGGAUAAGUAUAAAAAUGAGUGGAAAAAAACAGGUUGCACUUUAAUGUCAGAUGGAUGGACGGAUAAUAGAGAGAGGUCUAUCACAAACUUCCUUGUCAAUAGUCCAAAGGGAACAGUUUUUCUUAAAUCUAUUGACACCUCCAAUAUUUCCAAGAAUGCUGAAAAUUUAUUUCAAUUGCUUGAUUCUUUGGUGCAAGAAAUUGGAGAGGAGAAUGUGGUUCAAGUAGUGACAGAUAGUGCUUCAGCUUAUGUUUCAGCUGGUGAAAAAUUAAUGGAAAAAAGACGUAAGAUCUUUUGGAAUCCUUGUGCUGCCCACUGCAUUGAUUUGAUGCUUCAUGACAUUGGUGAUUUGCCUGUGCAUGCAAAUACUAUAAAAAAAGCAAAGAAGAUCACUGUUUUUAUUUACCGUCAUAUUUGGGUGCUUGAUUUGAUGAGAAAAUAUACAAAAACGAGGGAAUUGGCAAGACAAGGUGUCACAAGAUUUUCCACUGCCUACUUAACUUUGAAGAGUAUAUAUCAACAAAAGAUUGGAUUAAGGUCUAUGUUUGCAUCUGAGGAAUGGGCUAAGAGUCCCUAUGCAAAGAAAAGUGAUGGCAUUAAUGUCCAAUUAAUUGUCUUGAGUGAUCCAAAGUUUUGGCCUGCUAUUAAAUUUUGCUUGAAAUGUGUGAUCCCGUUAGUAAAAGUUUUAAGGCUUGUAGAUGGUGAUGCAAAACCAGCAAUGGGCUACAUAUAUGAAGCUAUGGAUAGAGCAAAAGAGCAAAUCCGGAAAAAUUUUAAUGAUGUGCAAAGGAGAUAUAGACCUAUAUUAAGAAUUAUUGAAACUAGAUGGGAGCUUCAACUUCAUAGGCCUUUACAUGCAGCAGCUUAUUUUCUCAAUCCUAAGUUUCAUUAUGAUCCCAACUUUGUUGCAAAUGAAGAAGUGAGAGUUGGACUUUAUGAAGUGAUUGAAAGGAUGUGUCCUACAACUUUGGAGAGGUGUAGGAUUGAUCUACAAUUGGAGAAAUUUGAUAAAGCUGAGGGUUUGUUUGGAAAAGAAAUGGCUAUACUUACAAGAACAAAGAAGCAGCCAGAUCCACACGCCUUUCACCGACACUUUCAUCUGAUCAACCGGAAGGAUUUGGAGACCGUUCUCAAGGUAGCGGUUUUUGUAAACGAAGAGGAUGGUCAAGUCAGAGCCGUUCACAAAAUCGUAGGGUACGAUCCCAUCCAGAAGUCAUUUGCUGCCCCGAAGCACGUGAUCAGAGCUAACGAUCCUCGACUUCAGAAAAUCACUGUAGUCGAGCACGGGUUUUUGAUAUCUGAAGGAUCUCCUGUCCCGGAGGGCAUUCCAUUGGCGGGCUCCUCUCCGUCCCACCAAGCAGCAGAGGACGAGGGUGAUUUGGGUUUGUCCGAAGAGGGGUUCGGUGUAUUUGACUAG